AUGAACACAGAUCAGCUAAGUAUAUUUGAUAAUCAACCAAAAGCCCUCGGCCCUGAUGCUCGUCGUGUUCGUAAGGCCGUUUUUAGAAGAACGAUUGAUUAUAAUGCAUCAAUUAUGAAUUAUCUUCGAAAUAGAAUUUGGCAAUCAUCACCAAGACACCAAAUUGCCAUUCAGCCAGAUUAUCUAUACAAUCAUUUGUUAAGUGCUCCUAUUGACUACCUGGAUAAUCCGGUUAACAGUGUAACCGGAAAGUUAGUGAGGACUUCUACUAACAAAAAUAAAUGUCCAAUCUAUUGUGUCUGUUGGACCCCUGAGGGUAGGCGAUUAAUAACUGGUGCCUUUACUGGCGAAUUUACACUCUGGAAUGGACUUACAUUUAACUUUGAGACGAUACUUCAGGCUCACGAGUCUCAAAUUCGAUGUAUGAAGUGGUCACAUAAUGAUGAUUGGCUUCUAACGGCUGAUCAUGCUGGUUAUGUGAAAUAUUGGCAAGAGAAUAUGAACAAUGUGCAAGCUUAUCAAGCCCACAAGAUGCCUAUUCGUGGUGUUAGUUUUUCUCCAUUCGAUGACAAGUUCGUGACGUGCAGUGAUGAUGCAACUGUGCGAGUAUGGGACUUUGCGCAGUGCAUAGAGGAGAGAGCGUUGAGAGGACAUGGUUCGGAUGUUCGCAGCAUUGCUUGGCACCCCUAUAAAUCCCUCGUUAUUUCCGGAAGUAAAGACGCCCAACAACCUAUCAAACUCUGGGACCCAAAAACUGGUGAAGCUAUUACCACACUAUAUGCCCACAAAAAUACCUGUACAGAUGUAGCCUGGAACAUGAAUGGCAACUGGUUCUUAACAGCUUCACGUGACCACCUGAUCAAACUUUUCGAUUUGCGGUUCAUGAAAGACGAGUUGCAGACAUUCCGUGGACACAAGAAGGAGGUCACACGAAUUGUCUGGCAUCCAGUUCAUGAGAACCUCUUUGCUUCAGGUAGUGGAGAUGGUGCUAUCCAUUUUUGGUGCGCUGGAAAUGAGACAGAGCUUGGUGUGAUCGAUGACGCACAUGACAACAUGAUCUGGAGUCUUGCGUGGCACCCUCUCGGACAUAUCCUGGUCUCGGGUGGCAAUGACUUCUCAACAAAAUUCUGGACUCGUGAUCGUCCAGGUGAUGGCAUAAAAGAUUUCAGUUCUCCUGAUAUUAUUGAAACUCUCUCGAGCCAGAUUACGGAGAAGGAGAAGAACGAAGCCAAGGAGCGAUUAGCAUUUGAAUGCAUUGUAGAUCCAGUUAUAGAAAUACCGGGACUGGAAGAUGAUCUGGCCGGGAUCAAUUAUCCUAGAGACGAAGAUUCGGAUGAGGAGGAGUCCGCGAAAAACCGCGUAGUUCCCACAAAGCCCGUUGGGUCGAUUUCUAAGGAGUUCGUGGCCAAUUGGUCCAGCUCUCGAAAUCUCGGCAAACCUGGUAUAGUUCUUGCUGCACUUGCUGCAGCCAAAGCUCGAGCAGCUGAAGGCGGUUUGGAGGAGAAAACAGUUCAAGGCGGAGUGAUAGACACGUCAAAGAUAGUCGCUACCCCUCUUGUCACCUCCGACAUGUGUAUGAACCCCAAGGCAAAGGCGUCUGCUAGUGAGAUUGAGGAGUAUGAUACCACCCCCGGACGAUUCAAGUCACGUACUUUUGAUUCUGCAGUGAGAGAAGAGGAGAUGCUAGCAUUUGCAAAUUCUCUCAUGCCUCCCUCUCCAAAUUCCGCACAACAACCUCCGAUUCCCAUUGACCCAUCGGUCGUAUCAGUUUCUCAAGGUGGACCGGGAGUGGAGACGACGCUUCCACCACUAGUACAACAACCACCCAUUCCCAUUCCCCCAAACCAACCACCGCCACCUCAGAUGGCUGCGAGAUUUGGCCCGCCCACACCAUCACAGAGAUUUAUGGGAGGACCUCCCCCAGGAAUGGGUUAUAGAAAUGGGCCACCAAUGGGAUUCCGAAGGCCAUCACUGCCACCGAUGCAACAAUUCGGCGGUGGUAGACCCCCACCAUUUGGUGAUCAACAAUGGGCUGGGCCACCACCACCAGGAGGCUACAAUGGUCCCCCACCUGGUUAUGGGGGCCCUCCUUCCCACCAAAUUCCUCCAAGUAAACGUCCAAGAAGAUGGUGA